AUGGUCAUCCUCAAGCCUCAAUCCGAGUUUGGAUACGCGCCGCCGCCGCAAACUCCUUAUAGCCUCAUCACCAACUUCUCAGGAUGGCAAGUUGCACGCGCUAUUCGUGAUGGCGACCAUACCCCUCUGAAGCGGGUAGUCCACUUCUAUCCUCGGUUCAUGCCUAUGCAUCAUUCUGCUCAGCUUGGUCAAGAGGUUGCAAAACAUCUUGGUCAUGGUGAUAAAACUGCGCUGGUGUUUCUGAACCCUGCGAUUUGGCCUUUCACUCUCCAUCAUGUCACCCACGAGAACCGCGGGGAGCAACGAAUGAGCCUUCAGGAUGUGAUCCUCAAGUGUGUUGACAUAGCAGGUCAUCGAGUAUACGCCGUCCUCGCUGAUCCUAAAGCAAUGUCUGUCAUGAUGCUCGUGUGGCGGAACCCAGGUAUCGGAAUCUCCAUACGCGGAGCUGAAGAUCUUCUCAAAAGCAUGGACUCUAUCAAAGAAAUCCCCUUUGAUCUUAAAAGCGAGGCUAUCCCUACGCCAACUUGGACUCCUGAGAGCGAAGCCCAUAAUGCUCUUCGGGAGAGAAUCGUGGAACUUCUACAUCGUGCCCCAAUAGAUGCAGACAAGGUCAAGUGUACGACCAACGACGUAUUCCUAUAUCCGACGGGGAUGGCUUCUAUUUUCCAUUCGACUAACCUCUUGGUUAAACAUCGCCCUGGCGUUGCAGUUGUGCUAGGUAUUAUCUUCCACAACACAUAUCAUCAUCUCAUCGAGGAGUGCCCCCAGGGAAUGAAGCAUUUUGGAAAGGUUGACGAACAAGGUCUCGCGCUCUUCGAAAACUGGCUCAAGGAUGAGAGACAGGAGGGAAGGGCUGUGAGUUAUGUCUUUGUUGAAGUCCCAGGAAACCCGACAUUAGAGACUCCUGAUACACAUCGCCUGAAGAAACUUUCUGAAGAAUACGGCUUCUUCCUCAUCGUGGACGACACAGUCAGUGGCUUUGCCAACAUAGAUGUCCUCGCUCAAUCUGACCUUUUGCUCUCCUCUCUCACAAAGUCCUUUAGCGGCUAUGCCAAUGUCAUGGGCGGCUCCAUUGUCCUCAACCCUCUAUCCGCCCAUUAUCAGACUCUCCAGCCUCUUUUCAAGGAGUCCCAUCACAACGAGCUUUUUACUUCAGAUGCAGAGGUUCUGCUUUCCAACUCCAAAGACUUCCUCGAACGCACAAAACUUCUCAACCGAAACGCUCUCGCCAUGGCAAACUUUCUCCACGAGGCCAUCUCCCUUCCCGACUCUCCUAUCACCAACGUGCAAUAUCCCAGUCUUCGCUCAACAAAGAGGAACUACGAUUCCCUUAUGCGUCAGGGAACAUCCGAGUUCCCAGAGCCUGGAUAUGGGUGUCUCCUAACAGUUGAGUUCUCCAAUGUCGAAACCGCCACGGCUUUCUACAACCGGGCGGGUUUCUAUCCGAGUCCUCAUCUCGGCGGCUAUGUCACCAUCAUGUUUGCGUACAACAUGGUGGUAUUUGGAAAGAAGGCUGAAGAGAAAGAGUACAUGCAUAAGCUAGGUGUAAAGGAGGCGAGUGUGCGCAUCUCAGCUGGUUUGGAGGAUGAAGAGGACCUGAUCGAUACACUAAGAGAUGCUCUUCGAGCUGCUAUCAAGGCUAAGGAGGGGGUUGCAAAUGGAGAUUAA